ACAAGCUCUGUGGCUCCCCAGGAGAACUGUCCCAAGGCCCAGGGCUUUGGUCUGCUGACGUGUGGGUCCGAUGGCUCCCGGCUCUAUGACUGCGUGUGGAGGUACAACUCAAGCGUGAAUGAGUGGGCAGAGGUGGCACCCAUGCUGAAGGCCCGCGAAUACCACAGCUCCUCUGUGCUGGAUGGACUGCUGUACGUGGUAGCCGCCGACAGCACCGAGCGCUAUGAUCACACUACCGACUCCUGGGAGGCCCUGCAGCCCAUGACCUACCCCAUGGACAACUGCUCCACCACCGCCUGCCGUGGCCGGCUCUAUGCCAUCGGCUCCCUGGCUGGCAAGGAGACCAUGGUGAUGCAGUGCUACGACCCGGACACUGACUUGUGGUCGCUGGUGGAUUGCGGCCAGCUCCCGCCCUGGUCCUUCGCCCCCAAGACUGUGACUCUAAAUGGACUCAUGUACUUUGUCAGGGACGACUCCGCCGAGGUGGACGUGUACAACCCGACGAAGAACGAAUGGGACAAAAUCCCGUCAAUGAAUCAGGUGCACGUUGGGGGCAGCCUGGCCGUCCUUGGGGGAAAGCUGUACGUCUCUGGGGGAUAUGACAAUACGUUUGAACUCUCGGACGUGGUAGAAGCCUAUGACCCAGAGACUCGCGCAUGGAGCGUGGUGGGGCGGCUCCCAGAACCCACCUUCUGGCAUGGCAGCGUCAGCAUCUUCCGCCAGUUCAUGCCCCAGACCUUCUCAGGUGGGCGCGGCUUCGAGUUGGACAGUGGCAGCAAUGACAUGGACCCGGGCCGACCCCGGCCACCGCGGGACCCUGAUGAGCUGCACUAGCCCCGGUCUGGCCCUGCAUGGGCCUUGGUGCAGGUAACUGGCACCUCUGCGGGGCAGUGCCCCACUCCUUUGUGCACAAGGACAGGUUGGGCUCACAGGAGGAGCACAGGCUCUUGGGUGGCCGAGCAAGCCCAGGAUCCAUUACCUGGAAGGUUUCUGUGCCUUGAAAGCCUGAUCUGAGGCCAUCGGGAACGCCCUUCCCGCAGUUGAGGAGGAGCUACUUUCCUGCUGGCACGUUUCUGGGUCUUGGAGGUCACCCCCACCCUGCGGAUCACAGCUCACCCACGCGCCGCACACCCCUCCUGCUGCUGUCAUCUGCACCUACUUGCUCCCACGCUGGGAGAGGAGGACAACUUGGGAGGGACGCGUGAAGGGAGGGGGGGUCCUCCCAUGAGGCUGAGGAUGACCUGAACCUGGAGCAGCGGACCAGACACCAGGCAGAGACUAAAGUGGGCUCCCAGAUUCCACAUCCAGAGGUGUGGGGAGCCUGCCUCCCUAGCUCCUGGCCCCUGCCAAGGGCUUGCUUCAAAACACCUCAGAGUGCUGGUCUCCAGAGGCUGCACCCAGGACAGUGGGACAUGAGCAAGGGUGUGGGCUGGGAGGGUGAAGAGGAUGUGGCCAUAUCAGAUGCUGGACCUCCCCAGCCAUAGUCCCCCGCUCCCGCCCCGACUGGCUGUUGUGUCCUCACCUCUCA